UUUGAACGAGCGAAAGAGGGAGGAGCAUGGAACCAGAGCAGAUGCAGUUGUGCGCAGAAGUGCUCGAUGACAUCUUCAAGCAGGAGAUGUCAGAACCAUUCCGAGAGCGCGUGAACUGGGAAGAAUGGGGUCUCUACGACUACCUUCAGAUCGUGAAGAUCCCCAUGGACAUGGGGACCGUGCGCGUAAAACUCAACAAGGGCGAGUACAAAAAACCCGAAGACUUUGGGCGGGACAUGCGGCUGAUCUGGGAAAAUUGCAAACUGUACAACCAGGAUGGGUCGGAUUUGUGGACGGUGGCGGACGACUUGACAAAGUUGUUCGACGAGAAGAUGAAGGAGCUCAAGUUGGACGCCGGCGACCCGUCGUCCAAGGCAUCUUCGUCGGAACCGACGUUGGAGGAGCGCAUUGUGUUCAGCCAAGACAUUUACAAAAUCUCGAGCAAAGAUCUGGGCAUUGUCGUGGACAUGCUGGAGGAGCUGUGUCCUAAAGCGCUCGACAAGAACGCGGACGAGCUGGAGCUGAACGUCGAUGCGAUAGACGCCAAAACGUUCAAGGAAAUCGACGCCUUCAUCAAGGACUGCGUGCCGGGCGGCGCGUUGCCGCGGACGCUCAAGAAGAGCAAGCGCAAGAACAAGGACGGCGGCAGCGACAAGGGAUCAUCCAAGCGACACAAGGAGUAACCAUCGCAUGCCACCAACUAGGACUACUGCUUGCAUUUUGCGUUACGCGUGCACCCGUUUGAAUAUAUCUUUGAUCGACACGACGCCUGGGGCUGGACUAGUACUAGUACUACUAAACCUAGUACUACUAGCCGACAAUAAUGCUUGCAGAUUCAG